AUGUCCCAGCCCAGGCAAAGCCGGGCCCUCAUCAUCGUCAACACCGAUUUCCGCAGCGGCGCCGGCGCCGCGGUGCUUGGGACGCGGAGGGGAGCCAGGAGGGAAGCGGAGAAGCUUUCCAGGGCGCUCUCCCGGCUCAACUACGAGGUGACGCUGACGCACAACAAGACAGCCAAGGAGAUGGAGGCCCUUUACCAGCGAGAGCGCGGCUGCCGGCACGGGGACUACUUUGUGAGCAUCAUCUCCAGCCACGGCGAGGAGGGGGUCGUCUUCGGCUGCGACUCGGAGCCCGUUCGGCUGAGCCGGAUUUUCUGGAUUUUAGCCUCAGAGGAGUGCCCGGUGCUCACCGAAAUACCCAAAAUCUUCUUUAUCCAG